AUGUUGGCCCCUCAUGCCACUCAACGCACACGAUUCUAUCAAGAGUCUGUUCGUGAGGUGGAUUAUGCCAUCCUUACGAAGGCUACUGCGGAGGGGUAGUACUCAUGUGUGGUUUUGAGCUUUGUCAGUGCGCAAGUACGAGGCCGUCCAUCGGUCAUGUGGAUCUUCGGGUUUUCUCCGGUAGUGGUAUCUUGGCAAGUUGUCACGCGUUCCGUGCUGUCAUGUGUUCCGAGUUCCGAAUGUGUCUUGCGACUGCUGUUGCUUGCCUCGGUGUUUGUGAUGCACCCUGGUGCCCACUUUCUUCCGCUGCUUGUGUCUACAAGGACGACCAAUAAAAGACUUUACCAUCU